GUUGAUAGAGGUUGUAGAUCUAACUUAAUGUAAAGUAAAGCCCCAGAAUUUCUUGUGUUCUGUUUCAAGCAUCCAGAAGAUCAUUUGUAGCCACACAGAGUUAUAAAAACGUGAAAAAUAACAGGUUUCACAACAAAAUAAAAUAAAAAUUAGAACAAGUCAUAUUUAUACAACCACAAAAAUGAACAAAUAAGGGCAUGUGUGUGUUCACCUCUCCUACCCUAUGAGUGACCGUUUUAAUCCUGAACGUGUGUUAUUCAAGAAAAAGUACAGGAUAUUUCAUGUAAAUUAUUGAAUCACACACAAGGGGCCUGCCUGUGUCAGUACAUGUACAUGUAUUCGGUUUUGGUGAAGACACGCUCUCACAUAACGCUUUUUUUUUUUUAAGGUAGAAACAACAUCAACUUAAAUGAUAUUGACAUUACGAUACACAAAAAAAUAGACACAACACAUCAGAACAAUAACAAGAAAAAAAAUUAACCGACCAGCAAAUCAAAACACAACAUAGAUUUAGAUCUAGAGAGAAAAAUAAAAAAGAAACAGAUAGUAUUUCAAGAUCUAGAUUCUACUACUCAAAAUACAAAAUCGAGUUCUGUUUUGCGAGUUUCGAAUGAAAUAGAUAUGCCGAAAUAAGGAGGGUUGGAACUACCGAAAAAGCGCUGUUUUUAUGUGUGUGUCUACAAUGUUGGAUUUUCCCCGUUGCAAACGGGCUAGGCUAGGUUAUUUUGCAACUAUUGCUCCAGAUCUACAAUAUAACGGGAUCUAUUUCUUGAUGUAGAUCUAGCCUAAUAAUAGAGUAGCCUUUAAUGAAAGAAUACUUUUUUUGGAACCUGGGACUUAAGGCUUCAGGUUUUUAUUAUGUAUUUUUAAAAUUCAGGCCUAAGUUAGUACAUGUACUUUCAUUGUCUUUAUAACUGUCUCUGGUGGUAUAGGUUGGAGGACAGAACCAAGACCAAGUUUGGAACAAAUUAUAAAAACAUUUUGAAUGUGGACAGGAAGAAGAUGGAAGGGACAAUAUUUUCCUCGGGACACAUUAACGACGACAGUCUUAUGGAAAAAGAACAGUCAUAUUGUGAACCUUUCUGUGCACCGGAUAUAGAUGAAGGCGUAAAUCCUGAUGUUUCUCCGGUUGUAAAAAGUGAACCUGGGACAUCUAGGGCUAGGUCUUAUUGUAGCAGUGAUAGGACUGAUACUGAUACAGAUGGAAAACCUGACGGUGGGAAUGUGGAUGCUGUGGUAAAAGAAGAGUUUGGUUCUAGCUAUGUGCUCAAUCUUGAAGGACAAAAACUUGCUGUUGUUGAUAGUGGAAGUUUUGAUGGAAAAAUAUUUCAUAAUAAUUUUGAAGUACCAUGCAGUGUAGACAAUGAUGUCAGCCAGACUGUUGAAAACAAAUGUAUUGACAUUGAAAUUAAAGAUGAGCCUUUGCUUUUGUUUCCCGAAGAAGACAUAAAAACUAAUAUGAGUCCGAAAAGUGCUGAUGGUGUAGAAGACGAACUGCAGUUUCCUGAUCAUAGUCUGGAAUUGAAAUCAGAAAUAGAGAAUUAUUAUGUGAAGCAGGAAGUGUUGGAACAGGAGUGUGUAUCAAUGUUGGAUCGUUCCAGUGAGGCUGGAGGAAAACAACUGCAAAUCUGUGAUGUGAGGAGUUUGUGUGUGGAGCAGAGUUCAAACCCAGACACUGAUGCUGUUGUGUCCACGGUCAGCGGCUCUACUUCAACUUUUUCUGCUGAUCCAGCUCUUUUCAAGUACAAGAUCUCAAAUUCAUGCUCUGCUCAAUCGGGCAUCGGGGAUCAAGAUGGGAUUCCAGACAAGCGCGCACCCUCCACACACCCAGCGACACAGCCAUACCUUAUGGGGGAGGAUACUUUUGGGACAGGUCAAAUGAUUGAUCAAAUAGAAGUUGACUGUGUCUUGGAAGAAACCACAUCUUCUUUUUUUCAUGACCCAGACAAGAAAGUCUUUGAUCUCCAUCUCAGAAGAGAGUAUGAUAAGGAAAUAUGCAGCAAAAGUGCAGUAAAUGAUAGCUGUGGCCAAAUACCAAAAGAUUGUACUACCCCGAUAAAGAUGACGAUGAAAUUGAUGGCCAAUACUAAUUCUAUGGACCUUUCUUGCGCUCCCUCUUCUAGUGUUACAGCACCUCAGCUGCACACAGAGACUCACACUGGCCAAGACAGCGCCACUCCACCUGUUGGACUCAAGUUUGUGACUGGUAGAAGAACUAGAGCUGGAGAAAAACCUUACAAAUGUGAAGUUUGUGGUUUACGGUUUGGAAAUAGAAGCCAGCUAAAUUCUCACAAAAGAACACACACAGGAGAAAAACCUUACAAAUAUGAAGUUUGUGGUUCACGGUUUGGAAAUAGAGGCCAGCUAAAUUGUCACGAAGGAACACACACAGGAGAAAAACCUUACAAAUGUGAAGUUUGUGGUUCAGGGUUUGUGAACAGCAGCCACCUGAAACGACACAAGAGAACACACACUGGGCAAAAGCCUUACAAGUGUGAAGUUUGUGGUUCAGGGUUUUCACAGAAUGUCCAGUUAAAGAUUCACAAAAGAACACACACAGGAGAAAAGCCUUACAAGUGUGAGGUUUGUGGUUUAAGGUUUGGGAAUGGUAGCGCCCUGAAACGACACCAAAGAACCCACACUGGAGAAAAACCUUACAAGUGCGACGUUUGUGGUUCAUCGUUUGCGAGUAGUUACGGCCUGAAACAACACAAAAGAACACAUACUGGAGAAAAGCCUUACAUAUGUGAAGUCUGCGGUUUAGGGUUUGCCCACAGUGGCAACCUGACGAAUCAUAAAAAAGUACACACCGGAGAAAAGCCUCACAAAUGUGAAAUUUGUGGUUCAGGGUUUGCCAUUCGUAGGAACUUGAAACGACACCAAAUUAAACACACGGGAGAAAAGCCUUACAAGUGUGAAGUUUGUGGUCUAUUAUUUGCAUACAGAAGCGUGCUAAAGAUUCACAAAAGAAUACACACGGGAGAAAAGCCCUACAAAUGUGAAGUUUGUGAUGAACGGUUUGCACAGAGUAGCAAUUUAAAAAGUCAUGAAAAAUCACACACAGGAAAAAAGAGUUACGAGUGUGAAAUCUGUGGAAGAGUGUUCUCGCGAAUGGGUACUCUUGAGAACCAUAAAAGAACACAUAUUGUAGGGACAGGGGAAAACCCGUACAAGUGUGAAAUCUGUGGAAUUGAGUUCUUGCAUGUGAGUAGUGUAAAGAUUCACAAAAAGACACACUCUGGAGAUAAACCUUACAGGUGUGAAGUUUGUGGUGCAGGCUUUGUGAACAGUAGUCAGCUAAAGACUCACCGAGGAAUACACGCUGGAGUGAAGCCCUGCAAGUGUGACGUUUGCGGUGCAGGAUUUGCAAAUGGUGACAACCUGAAGCAACACAAAAGCACACACGAUGGAGAAAAACGUCACAAGUGUGACAUCUGUGAAACUACGUUCUCGCGAAAGAGCAAUCUGCAGAUUCACAGAAGAAUACACACUGGAGAAAAGCCUUACAAGUGUGAUGAAUGUGGCGUAAGGUUUGCAAAUGUGAACACCCUGAAGCGACACAAAAGAACGCACACAGGAGAAAAGCCUUACAAGUGUGAGAUGUGUGGACUUUUGUUCUCUCACUCGGGUAUUCUGAAGGUACACCGAAGAACACACACAGGAGAAAAACCUUACAAGUGUGAAAUGUGUGGACUUGGGUUCUCACAGACGGGUGGUCUAAAGGCUCAUCAAAGAACACACACUGGAGAAAAGCCUUACAAGUGUGAGAUGUGUGGACUUUUGUUCUCUCACUCGGGUAUUUUGAAGGUACACCGAAGAACACACACUGGAGAAAAGCCUUACAAAUGUGAAAUCUGUGGACUUGGGUUCUCACAAACGACUAGUCUAAAGGCUCACCAAAGAAUACACUCUGGAGAAAAGCCUUACAAAUGUGAAAUCUGUGGACUUGGGUUCUCACAAACGGCUAGUCUAAAGGCUCACCAAAGAAUACACGCUAUAGAAAAGCCUUACAACAAGUGUGAAGUUUGUGGCGCAGGGUUUGCAAACAGUACUCAGCUAAAAUUUCACAAAAGAACACACAUUCGGGAAUUUUUAAAAAUAAAAAUGAAGUUUGUGGUUCCGGUGUACGUAAUAGGAACACUAAGCCACACGAAAGACAGUGGAGUGCAAAACGGUUCGUCUGAGAUGUCUGCGGUGUAAGUUUUAAGUUUAUGCAGUCAGUGGCAGCCUGUUUGACCAUGGACAAUUGUAUGCAGGAGAAAAUCUGUCUAGUUUCUAGUGUGAAUUUCAAGAUCUUAGAAAGUGGCAGAAGAUUACUUGUGGCGUGUAGUUAGUAAGAAAAAGCUUUACGCAUAAUAUUAUGAAGUUUGUGGUGCU